AUGGCUGGUGAUUCGGUCAACGAGACUAUCAAGUGUUUGAGUUUACCCGCUGCUCUGAUUGGAACUAUACAAUCGGUAGUAUGGCUCUUACUUGCUCUAACUUCAAUCCUUUAUUACAAUGACAUCAUCGAACUCAGUAAUUCUUUGUCUCCAACGAGCUAUGGAAAUGUCAUCUACAAUUUAUAUUUACAUCCCGGAAUUUAUUUAGAAGACUUAAUAAUAAAUUCAAAAUUAUUUAAUAUCAUCAUGUACUUGUAUAUAGUUUUUAGUUUUCUAUGGUUAGUUAUAUCGCUCUAUAUAAUUUGGGCGAUUUUUCGGAAAAAAUGGUACAAUAUAUCAGAAAUGCUGCUGUGUUGGUCAGUUAUAACCAUAAUGAUAGCUGCCAUCGACGUAUCAUUCAUGAGUGUAUUGGCGGUAGAUCUGAAGACGGCUCACAAUUUGGGAUGGCCUCCAUCUACGCCAGAACCAACCACACCUGAUACAACCACACCUGAUACAGUAUUCUCAGGAAAAGAUUUAUCCACAUCUGUUGGUAUUGUUAUGUCUUUGGCAGCCAGAGGUUACAUUCUGUGGAUUGUAAAUGUGGUUUUUGCAGUGUGUUUAUUGAUUGCUGCCUGCAAGCAUAGAAAAAUUACUCGUCCAUCAUUGAUGCAAAGAGGUAUUAUUAAUGCUUAUGAAACUGAUAACCGGCCGUUCAGCAUGUACGACCAGGUAGAAAUCGACAAAUCAUUUCAAAACGAAGGUUUCGUACUAGACGAACACAACAUCUUCAAUCCUAUUAGAUCGGACGACGCAUAUAACAACAACAACAACAACAAUAACAGUAUAAAUCCAUUGAGCAACAGUACUAGAAGCAGUUUGGUAUACGGACAAACUCCAUCUUACAUAGCAGACAUAAACAAGCCGAUGCAUAUACCACAAGCGCACGCUAAUGGUAAACUGGCUAAAAUAGGAAAAUCAGGAGGCAGAAGAACACCACCACAACAAGUAGCUUCGCCUGUGGUACCCCACUCCCACUACGCAUACCCACAAACAAAUUCCAACAUGCCUUACAUUCCUGAUCCUGAUUAUACUCCACCUGGUAGUCCCAAAAGCUUACCCAAGGGAGUAUUGAGGCCGAGAAGCAAAUAUGAAUAUUAG